GCGUCACACGUUUUAUAUAUUUCUUAUUGUAUUUCCUGAUUCUACUAAUUGCAAAAAUGCCGAAAGUGCUCAACAAAGUACCAAAAGCCCAAUCAUCGCACAGUAAUGAAGAAGACAUAGCCGCGAACAAAAAAAUCACGACCGACAUCGUAAUCACCGACAAAGCCAUCAAACGCGUAAUCGCCCCGUUCGUCCGCAUCGUGCGCAAAGACAUCAAAUACAAAGAAGUCGAGGAAGCCAAAUACUUCAGCCUCUACCUCAAGAAGAAGCCCAGCGUCCUCAUCCGCGACUUAUCGUCCUUCCUUUCGGACACCGUCGACUUGGUGUCACUGCUCCACGAAACGUCCGACGUCCUCCAGAACGUAACGAAAGCAGACGGAGUCACCUUGUACAUGAUGGACCCGGCCACCAACGAGAUCUACCAGAGCAAGAAAAUCCCGUCGAGCGACCGGUUCAAGAUCAGAUGGAAAAUCAAGCAGCAGUCGACUGUCGCCACCUACGUCGCCUACAAGAAGGACUACGUGAUGGUGGACGAUAUUCUAGAAGACGAGAGGUUCCCCGAGGGCAUAGGAUACCAAACUCACAAUGUCCGAGCCGUCCUGUGCAUGCCCGUGGUCACCCCAGACGGCGAGUGCUUCGCCGUUAUCGAGCUGUUCAAGCUGCUGAAUGCCAGUCCCUUCACUAAAGACGACCUCAAGAUCACUCUGAUCGUCACCGGGUGGAUGGGGGCGGCUAUCCACCAGAACUCGAAACGGCUAGCGCUCCAGAGACAGCAAGAACUCAACGACUACCUUCUGGAUUUGAUUAAGUGCUACAUCGGGGAGUCGGUUGUCAUGGAAAAACUGGUAUCGGAGAUACUGAAAUUCGCCAAAAUGACUCUAAACGCAGAGCGCGGUAUGAUGUUCAUCAUCGAUAAAGAGAGCGGUGACGAUGUGGUGGCCGACCUCUUCGACGACUCAGCAGAGGAUGAGGAAAAUACGGGUUACAAGAAAGGCCAAAAGGUCAGAUUUGCGAAAGAAAGGGGGAUCGCGGGGUUGGUAGCGAGGACGGGAGUCACCGUCAACGUGAAGGACGCCUACAAGGACGCGAGAUUCAGCAAGGAGAUCGACCAGAAGACGGGUUACAUCACCAGGUCCAUCCUCUGCAUGCCCAUCAUGGCCGUCGACGGCAUCCUCGGCGUGGUUCAAAUGGUCAAUAAGAGAAGCGGAGGGGGCUUCACCACCACGGACGAGUCCUUAUUCAAGACUUUUUGUGUGUAUUGCUCUUUGGCUCUGCGAUACACCAAGAUACAGCAAAAACUGAACGCCACGGGACAACUAAAUAACUGCUUCUUGACGAUGUUGAAGCUGCAGUUGAAUCCGUGCGUCCACGACAUCGCGUACUGCAUCCAUGAAAACCUCGAAGUGCCUAUUCCUUUUGGUUUCGACCAGUUCAACUGGUACAUCAAAAACGAGGAUCACCCCAAAAUGCCCCAGUUUUGCUUCCACAUGUUUCUGCAAAUAAUAAAUUCCAACGAAGUCGAUACGGUUAACACCAUGGAAUACAUUCUUUCGAUUCGUAAAUUUUAUAGAAGAAAUCCUUACCAUAAUUUUGAACACGCGUUCAACGUUUGUCAUUGCAUGCACUUGAUGAUCAAGCGCCACCGAGAGCGGUUUACACAUAUAGAACAAAGAGCGUUGCUUAUAGCGGCUUUAAGUCACGACUUGGAUCAUGGAGGUUUUACUAACAACUUUCUGGAAAUAACGAACGAUGACUUGGCGUAUCUGUACGACGGCUCGGUUUUGGAAAACCACCAUUUCUACGUCGCCAUGUUUUUAUUAAAUAAAUAUAACAUUUUUCAUGGGUUUAACAGAGACCAAUGGAGUUCUUUACACGAUGAAAUCAAAUGGGCGAUUCUAGCGACAGAUUUACAAGUUUAUUUCUCGAAUAAGGCGAAGUUGCAGAACGUGUGUGACAGUCCAGGUGGUUUUAAAUGGACUGACAGGGUCCAUCGACAGUUGCUGAAGGCCCUUAUGAUGACGAUGUGCGAUCUCUCUGGUUCAUGUAAACCCUUUUUGGUUGCCAAGAGGGUCACCGACAACUUAUACGCGGAGUUUUACAGACAAGGCGACUUGGAGAAGGAGAUGGGACUCUGUCCCUUGUCCCUCAUGGACAGAGAUCAGACCCACGUAAUACCAGAGGAUCAAGUCAAUUUUAUGACCAUCGUCUUACUUCCCGGCUUGGAAAUAUUGCGAAAACUGCUACCCAACACGGAGGGUCUAUACAUCGAAGCUAAGUUACUCACGCAGACCUGGCAAGACAUCAUCGACAUCCGAGGCAAGAAAGUGUGGCGCCAAGAUGACUCCAUUGUAGAAAAACGCUAUCAUUAUUAGUGAAAAUAAAAUAGAUCAAAUAAAUCUAGUGCCCUUGAA